AUGACCUCGAACUCUACUUUCAACCAGGAGACGGGGGCGUCCGAGGUCGCCAAGGUGUAUAGCGAUGCGGUACGCGACAAGACAGUUGUCAUCGUGGGUGUAUCACCACAGAGCCUGGGCGAGUCCACGGCGAUGGCGCUAGCUUCACAAUCUCCUGGUCUCCUGGUACUGGCGUCCCGAACAACGCUCAAGAUGAGUGCUGUUGCAUCCAAAAUCAAGGCUCAACACCCGGACGUUCGACUCGAGACGGUUGAGGUAGAUCUGGCAUCGCUUGCGUCAGUCCGAGAGGCUGCAGACAGGAUCAGCGAGGUUGUCGACGACAAGAUCGACAUCCUGAUCAACAAUGCGGCCGUGGUCAUGCAAACCCAUGCGUACACCAAAGAAGGCCUCGAGAUGCAGUUUGGCACGAACCACAUCGGCCUCUUCCUGCUGACCAAUCUCUUGAUGCCCAAACUCAUCCGGGCGGCAGAGAAGUCGCCAUCGAAGGGCACCACUCGAAUCGUCAACCUGACCAGCGCCGGCCACAUCAUCUCGCCGGUUCGUUUCAGCGACUACAACUUCACCAAGAGGCCAGAAGACAUACCCGAACAGGAACGGCCGAUGUCCCGCCCGGGUGUCUCGUUUGACCCUCCACCGGGAAAGACCUACGUACCCUUUGUCGCAUAUGGUCAAUCCAAGACGGCAAACAUCCUGAUGUCCGUGUCCCUUUCGGAGAAACUUGCCCAGGAAGGCGUCAGGUCGAUAGCGACUCAUCCGGGGUCCAUCUGGACGGAUUUGUCGCGCGACCUGGACGAGGAGCACCAGAACCUGGUCAGCAAGACGGGAAGUUUCUGGAAGACCCUGGACCAAGGGAGUGCGACGACGCUGGUGGCCGCUCUUGAUCCGAAACUCAGCGAAGAUACGAGCGUCAUCUAUCUGAGCGACUGUCAAGUGGCCGAACCCGCCGCGCAUGCCAAAGAUCCUAUUGCGGCAGAGAGACUGUGGAAAUUGAGCGAAGAGAUCGUGGGCCAAGUGUUUGCCUAUGGCGACAAAAGCCGACUGUAA